UGUUGGAUUUUUUUUAAUUUUUUCUAUUUAUUUUAUAUUAAUCAAAAUUCAUUGCCAAGUAUUGAGGAUAUUAAAUUUAUUUUUAUUUAAAUAAUAUGGAAAUUUGUCCGCCAGUAACGAUCAGAGAGAAUGAUUGUCCGAGGUCAAUAAUUACAAUUAAAAAUAAAAUUCGCCUAGGUCACGAUGAAUGUUGCAAUUGCUGUUGUUGCACAACACCGCAAUCAAAAUGCCUCAAGUAUAUACAACCAGAUGUUCCAAAAUCUUUUAAACCAGUUCGAUACUAUUCAAAAGGCGAUGUACCAAUGGAAAAAAAAACGACAUAUAAACUUUCAUUUUGGGAGGGUGAUAGUUUUCCAGUAGUAAAACCAGCAUUACCCGAAGAUUCUCUAACUGUUGGUGAUGGUCCAAUGACUGAUGACACAACCCAUCGACUGAGUUAUUUGGGUAAUUGGUGUAUAAAACCAGAAGAACCAUGUACACCAUGUACUAAAAAUUUAUUAGGUAGAGGUCCAAUGGAAGAUAACACAACAAAUAAAUUAUCAUACACAUGGAAAAGUCAACCAAAAGUAAAACCUUUUAAACUUCGUGGUAAUUUAUAUUGUCCUUGUGCUUGUAUGUCAGAUGAUACAACGUAUAAAUUAAGUUACUACGAGUCAGGAUGUCGUAUGCCAGUAAAUUCAUUUAAACCAUCAAGAGUUUAUGAAAAAAGUGAUGUACCAAUGGAAGGUUGUACAACAUAUAAAUUAAGCUAUUGGCCAACUGAGAUACCACUUAAACAAGAUUUACCAUGGAGUAGAAAAAAUUCAUACAAACCACCAGAUAGUCCAAUUGAUGAUAAUACAACAUAUAAAUUAAGUUAUUGGCCAAAUAAACAACCAGUUAGAAAACCAUUUAAUUUACGUGAUAAUGGUAAUUUAUUAAAUCGUGGAUGUUGUUUUGAUGAUAAUACAACUUAUAAUUUAAGUUAUUAUGGUUGUGGAAGUGAAAAAAGACAACCAAUAAUACCUACACCAUCAAUGCAUCCACCAACAUGUCCAUUGUCACAUGACACUAUUCACAAAAUGAGUUAUUUGGGUAAUUGGUGUCCUAAAACUGAAGAACCAUUUACACCAUGUACUAAAAAUUUAUUGGGAAGAGGACCAAUGGAAGAUGAGACAACAAAUAAGCUAACAUACACAUGGAAAACAAGUGAUGAAAGUGCACCAUUUCAUCCAGAAGAUAAUCUUGAAUUUUCCAUUCAGCCACUUGAAUCUUGCACGACACAUAAAUUAUCAUACUUUCCAAAUGAUCCAAGUUGUAUUAUUAAAAAUCAAUCAUUUAAACCAAUGAGAGUGUAUAAACCAGCUGAUGCACCAAUGGAAGAUGAGACAACAAUGAAGUUGAGUUAUCAGCCAGUUGAAAAAGUUAUUCAACCAAGUAAACCAUGGUCAAAUAGCCAGAAAUAUUAUCCACCAUUGACACCAAUUGAUGAUGAAACAACCUACAAUUUAAGCUUUAUUCCACCUGGAACACUUCAAGAAGUUUGUUCGUCAACUGAACAAACAUCUUCUAAGACUUGUGAUGCAACAUGUCAUUCAACUGAAUCAUUAAGUUCAGUUGCUAGACCUUGUAAUUCAUGCUGUGAUUCUUCAUGA